UUGAAAAUUCAACUCAUGAAUCUCUCUCAUUUCCUAUUUAAAUAGCUGCCUUCUUCAAGAAAAAAUGAAACAAAGAAAAUAUUAGCACCCAUGGCUUCAAAUCAAUCAACCAAUCCAUUCCUUGCAGAAGAAGAGUUCCAACCAGCAAGCCCUUCUUCAGAAUACCUCAACAGCUCAAUCCUCUCUCUCACCAUUCUCGCCAUCUUUGAAUCGGAAAUACCCAUUGACGAUUCUGCCACCAUCACAUUACUCAGGGACCAGUUCCUACCGAUCAACACGCGCUUCUCUUCUAUUCUUGUUAGGGAUGACAAGGGUCGCCAGGGAUGGAAGAGAGUCCAUGUUAGGCUCGAAGAUCAUGUAAAAGUACCGUGCUUCCCAACAGGAUUACCGCCCAAUGCCUACGAUGGUUACGUACAAGAUUACUUAUCAAAGAUAGCAUUGGACCAGCUUCCCAAGAACCGUCCGUUGUGGGAAAUCCACAUGAUCAAGUACCCCACAAGCGAUGCACCAGGGACCAUAGUGUUCAAGCUGCACCAUGCACUUGGAGAUGGAUUCUCUCUAAUGGGUGCUUUGUUUUCUUGCCUUAAGAGAGCCGACAAUCCAUCUCUUCCUCUCACCUUCCCUUCUUAUUCAUCUAAGAUGGGAUCGGAGAGAUCACGUGGGAUGAUCCUCCACAUGUGCAACAAAAUUUCCAACAUUGUUGCCGGUUGUUGGUACACGGCUUCCGAUUUCGUUUCAAGCGUUCUGCAUAGUACUUUGUUGGAAGACGAUCGGACGGUCAUCCGCUCUGGAACGCCCCAAGUCGAGUUUGAGCCGAUUUCCAUCUCAACCGUUACCUUCUCCCUCGAUCGUGUGCGCGAAAUUAAGUCCAACAUUGCAGGAACAGUGAAUGAUGUAGUGGUUGGGGUAAUAUUCCACGCAAUCCAGUUAUACAAGAAGAAGAUGGUGGGUGACAGAAGCGAUGGAGGAGAACGUAUGACAGCAUUGGUAUUGCUGAACACGAGGAUGAUCAACGGUUACCAGAGCGUCAAUGACAUGUUAAGUCAGAAGACGUGGGGCAACCAUUUCACCUUUCUGCCCAUGCCUAUCCCUUGUUGCAAGGAUACAGGCAAUGAAAAUCCCUUGACAUUCAUCAACAAAGCCAAGAAAACCAUCAAGAGAAAGAAAAACUCACUGGCCGUUUAUCUCACUGGUAGACUACUAGACACGUUGAGAAGGAUUCGAGGCCCCAAGGCCGUUUCUCACUACACCCACUCAACCCUAAAGAACACAAGCAUUACGAUUUCUCACAUGGUGGGCCCCCUGGAGAAACUGGCGAUAGGAGGGCAUCCGGUGAAGGGCCUCUACUUCACUGUGGUGGGUGUCCCUCAGAGUUUGGUUCUGACGAUAGUGAGUUACAUGAGGAAUUUGAGUGUUAUGGUAGCAGCUGAAAAAGGAUUUAUAAACUCCCAACUGUUCGUGUCUUGCAUGCAAGAAGCUUACCACAACAUCUACAGGGAAGCUUGUGGCAUUGAAAUGACUGAAUCGAAAUGAACAUGUAUGUGUUGUAAUAGAAUAAGUAAAAGACAGGCAACUGUUGUACGAAGGUCAAUAAAAUAAUUUAUUUUC